UGUGCAGAGUUAUAAAGCAAAAGGAGGAUUAUGAAAUACUGGAAGAAGACCUAAAUAAGAUCUGGGAAUGGAGUAAAAAGUGGGAAAUGGAAUUCAAUGUGAACAAACCCCAUGUCAUGGUAAUGGGAAUGUGAACAAACCCCAUGUCAUGGAAAUGGGAAAGAGUGGGAAUCUAUAAGAUGGGAGAUGGAGUAGAACUAGUGAAAGUAAAAAAGGAAAAGGACUUAGGAGUGAUGAUGGAAGAAAACAAUCAACCGGUAAGCCAUAUUGAUAGAAUUUUACUUCAGCAACCCACUGCCAUUGCUGGAGAGGCUACACAUGAGAUACGCAAAGAUCAAGGUACCGGCAGUGACGCUUUGUUCUCGGUACAGGCAAGACAUGUUUGUCUUGCAGCUGCGGUUUGCCAUUUUGGGAUUGGUUAUCCAUUAUCUGUUUUUCAGAGCGGGUUUGCACUUAUUUAAUACCUUACUUUAUUACCCCGUGAUCCCGUUGGUGUGGGAAGAGUGCCUGGUGUUCCUUUCCUGUUAUCCAUUUGGAGCGGAGGACACGGUGUGGAGCAAGGAGCGGGACAUGUGAUAGAAGUGUGCUGUUGUGUAGGUGUUUGGUACAUCAGUAUGUCUUCCUCGGGUGGUUCUACACCUCUAAGAAGCGGUUCCUCACAUUCUCGUGGAAGCCGACUCUAUUCGUCCUCUAGGCAUAAGACGAAGAAGAAUAUUCAACGGUCUGGGGCCUCUGCUGGUGAGGAUGCCAUUGCAAGUGAUCGUGUGUCUAAGAUGGAUGCCCGACCACCAGUUAGCCAGUCUGGAGAAGUUAGCAAUUCUUCUUUAUCCAAGAUUUUGGAGGCUUUGGCUGUACUUCAAGAGGAUGUGAAUAAACUUAAGAGUGACAGAGGUGACAGUGCAAGUGUUGGUAAUGGGCCAGCACAGGACUUAGGUGGUACUCAUGAAUUUUCUGUCUCCCAUCCCCCUUCUACCUCUGGUGAAUUUUCUGGGUUUAGGUCAAAAGAAGUGAGUGCUGAAGAAGGUGAGAUUGAAGAUGAGGUUCCUUCUGGCAGUAUUCUGUUACAAGCAGCUAAGGCCUAUGUGCCCGUGGAUGACUGUUCUGAAGCUAUUGAAGAACCGAUUGCUGCAAUGGUGAAUCACUGGUUUUCUCAUGGGGUGAAAGAUGAAGACCAUAAGGAGAUUUUGGCAGAUGAGGUUUCUAAACGUCCUAGAAACUGUAAGGCACUUAUUCCAGUUGAGUGCUGGAUGCCCUACCCACUGAGGCAAAGAAAGCUGAUUUCAGACUAAAGGAAGUCGGCAAGGAUAUAACUAAGGCUGCCACUAUCAUUGUUAAAUCACUUACUGUUCUGGACAAGUUUACUAAUGAGGAGCACAAUCAGGUCAUGAGGUGGCUAUGCUUAAUGGGGCCUUGGGGUUGUUAGGGCAUGCUAACUUUAAACUAAAUAUGAAUAGACGGUAUUUCCUCAAACGUGAGAUAAACCAAAAGUAUGCCCACUUAUGCACUGAUAAGACUCCUGUGACUGGCUUACUGUUUGGGGAUGAUCUUACUCAAGCUACCAAACAGAUUGAGGAGGCUGAGAGGCUGAAAAACAAGUUUACCAACAAGAUGGCUAUGGAUCUACCAACCCUGGAACAAAGAAGGGAGAGAGGAGAUCUGAUACAAGUUUAUAAAUUGAUCAACGGAAUGGACCAAGUGGAUAAUGAGAAACUGAUCCUGAGAGAAUAAUAUGAUAUUCGAAGCAGAAGAUCGCAUAGUAAAAAGCUGAGAAAGGGAGGAUGUCUGAGAGAUGUUAAAAAAUAUAGUUUCCCGCAAAGAUGUGUUGAGAUGUGGAACAGUUUAAAUGAAGA